GUUAAAAUCUGUCUACUAGUGUGGGGUUCGGUGGUAGGGUCGAGAAAAAUCGUCUCUUGCACUUGCUCAUCAUCCCGCCUUCCCGCCUCCCCCUUGAAUCUCAUCAGUCCCCCACUCACACAGUGAUAGAGAGAGAAAAAGGGUCAUAGAGAAAAGUGAUACAGACAGGGAAGAGAGAUGGGAGAGGAGGGAGAAGAGGGAAAGGAAGAAAAAGAAGGAGAGAAGUUAGAGAGAGAAAGUGAGAGUGAGGAAUGUGGAAGAGGAGGAGGAGGAGGAGGAGGUCCUCCAAUGGACACCCCAGACCGCAGCCGGAUCGCCACUCCCCUCUAUAAAUUCGAGGACUCUCCUGUCUUUAAUUAUAUCAACAAUCUUUCUCCUUUCGAGACAGUGAAGCCAAUACGGAUUAGUCAGCCAUUCAACUCAGUUAAUUUUGCAUCACUUCCAUCUAUUUUCACUUCACCACAUGUCAGUUCCCUCAAGGGAUCUAGAUUCUUAAGAAGGCAUCAAUUCUCAGAUCCAUCAAAGCCAGAGUUUUCUUCGGAUAAUAGGAACAAAGUUGGUAGCAAUGAUGGGGUUAUAGAUGAUGCUCAGGACUCUGAUGAGCUGCAGGAAAGUUUUGAUCCAGGGAGUUUUAUAGGCGAAGGUCCUGUUGAGUCAACUUACGAGUGUUCAAAGCUUGCAAAUGUGGCCUCACGAACACUAAACUAUGAUUAUGGUAGCCCUGACUGUAGAACAAUGCCUUGCCAUGGGAUUGACACCAAUUGUGUGUCCAAGUUGGCUGGAACAUCGGGAUCAGUUCCAUUUGUCCAAGAGGUUUCUCAAACAGGUUUCGUAGGAAGCGGAGUGCAUUUAGAUGGGAUAAGAAACAUUGAUCACUAUAAAGAUUGGGCAACCAUGAUUUCUGAUGCUAAUGAUUUAUUAAUCUUUCAUUCACCUGACGAUGCAGACGCUUUUAAGGGCACUUUACAGAAACCACUGGAUUCCGAGACAAGGUUAUGUGCAUCUCUUGGGUCAGAGUUCACACAUGAUGAAGUUAGCGAUUUGCAGAAAACUCAAGCUGUUGGUCCAGUUGGGGUUGAACAACAUGAAUCAGAAAAUCCUCCCCCUCAAGUUGGAGAGGAAGAUCAUCUGAAGGAAAUAGAAACAACUAGAGAUGCCCUUGAUGGUACUUCUCUAAAUAAAUGUGUGCCCGUGGAGCCUGGUGAACAAUUAGAUAAUGAGCCUAUUUCUAAUUUACAUCGUGGUAUGAGAAGGCGCUGUCUGGUCUUUGAUAUGGCGGGAGCUCGCAGAAAGCAUUUAGAUGAUAGUUCAAGUUCCGGCUCUUCCAUGUUACCUCAGCCUGAUGUUAACAUUGAGUCCAAUGAUAAGCAGCUGGUUCCUACGAAGCCUGGCAAUGAUUCUUCACACUGCAUUCUACCUGGAAUUGGUUUGCAUUUAAAUGCUCUUGCAAGAACUUCAAAGGAAUACAGCGUUGUUAGUCAUGAAACUUUGUCUUCUGGAAGGCAGUUGAUAAAUGACCCUAGCUCCACUGCCUCUAUUCAUUCUUUGAAUACCGGUCAAGAUCAAUAUUUGGCAGUAACCUCUAUGGAAGGAAACAUGGGUCUCACUGAAAGUGGAGUUCCGGGUAUGGAAGAUGCUUCUCAGGCAUCUGGAUACAUAGCUAGUGAAGAGCUUAAUCAGAGUAGUCCAAAAAAGAAGAGGCGUAGGCUGGAAAAUGCUGGAGAGAGUGAGGGCUGCAAGCGGUGUAACUGUAAGAAAUCAAAAUGUUUGAAGCUUUAUUGUGAAUGCUUUGCUGCUGGUGUCUAUUGCGUGGAGCCAUGCUCAUGUCAAGAUUGCUACAACAAGCCUAUUCAUGAAGAUACUGUCCUUGCAACUCGUAAGCAGAUCGAAUCCCGCAACCCGCUUGCAUUUGCUCCUAAAGUGAUCAGGAGCUCUGACUCUGUACCAGAAAUUGGGGAUGAGUCCAGCAAGACUCCAGCUUCAGCAAGGCAUAAAAGAGGAUGCAAUUGCAAGAAAUCUGGUUGCCUAAAGAAGUAUUGUGAAUGCUAUCAGGGUGGCGUUGGAUGCUCCAUUAACUGCAGAUGUGAAGGGUGUAAAAAUGCAUUCGGUAGAAAGGAUGGAUCUGGUACAAUAGGAGCAGAAGCUGAACUAGAAGAAGAACCGGAAGUAUCUGAAAAGAGUGUCAUACACAAAAGUUUACACACAAAUUUAAUCCAGAACAGUUCUGAACAGAAUCCAGAUUCUACUCUUCCAGCAACACCUCUACACAGUGGCAGAGCAUCUGUGCAGCUACCAUUUUCCAAGAACAAACCACCGCGAUCUUUUCUUUCUAUCGGAUCCUCCUCUGGGUUUUUUGGUAAUCAAAGGUUUGGAAAGCCGAGCUUUUUGCCUCCUCAGCCCAAGUUUGAGAAGCCAAUCCAAACCGUUCAGGAAGAUGAAAUGCCGGAGAUUCUGCAAGGAAACUGCUCACCUAUUGGUGCAAUCAAAUCUGCUUCCCCGAACAGUAAGAGAGUCUCUCCGCCUCACUGCGACUUUGGAUCAUCACCGGGUCGAAGGAGCAGUCGGAAGCUGAUACUGCAGUCUAUUCCUUCAUUUCCAUCUCUCAAUCCCAAAGAUUAGAUGUAAUAUAUUUUGUGGUGAACUUGAAAUGAAAUUCUUUAAAUCUUCAGUGUAGUUAGUUAUAUAUGUUUUGUUGUUUAGUUGUAUGUCAUUUGAGCUGUCUCUUCUGUGCUUUGUAUAAUAAUAUAUGUAGGUUCUCUUUAAUGAAUAACUUUGCCUUCUAGAAGUGUCAAAUUAUUUUAUUAGUUCUC